GUACACUGCAGAGCUGAGCAGGUCCAACUGCAAGAGCACUACCGGGAGUCCACAGCGCUAGGGAUACACUCACGUACCUGAACACACGCGUUCUGCCCGCACCACACGCUUCGAGUUCCCGUUUCCGUGUCGGUCAACCCGAGGAAGAUGCGUUGCUUUUGUCUGGCCCUGCUGUUCCUGGCCGCUUCGGUGCGCGCCGAGUCGCAGGCGAGGGAGACGGAAACCUGGGUGCCCUCUGGCCAACCAACAGAAGAGUCUUUGGAAGACCUGGCAUCUGGAGACUCGCCCAACAGCUCAGAUUUUGCCUUCCAGGCUGAGGAUGACCUGGAAUCCUACGACGAUGACGAGAAUGAUGAUGAUGAUGAUUUCUCAGGAUCUGGGGAUGAAGAUUUCCCAGAGCUCCAUGGCAGUAGCCCAUCCAAGCCUGACAUCAUUGACAACAGGAUUCCUGACCAGAGCAAACCCGACCAGCCUAAGGACAAUGUUAAUGAGAAUGACAUUGUGGCACAGAAUGAGGUUGGACAUGGAAGGAUGAGACCAGAAGAUGUCAACACCAAUGUGCUGAUGUCCCAUUCUGCAGAAGAGAGCAUUUUCAACAAAACUGAAGUCCUUGCAGCUCUGAUCGCUGGAGGAGCAGUGGGGCUGCUCUUCGCCAUCCUCCUCAUCCUCCUGCUCAUCUACCGUAUGAAGAAGAAGGACGAGGGGAGCUACGACUUGGGCAAGAAGCCCAUCUACAAGAAGGCUCCCACCGCUGAGAUUUAUGCAUAAAUGCUUACAAACUCUCACAAUGGUGCCUCUGAAACAAAGACCUUCUGCUACUUAGAUGCCUAAGGAACAUUGGUCAGAGCUGACUGCUCUUUUUAUCCAGGAAAAAAAGACUGUGUGACAAAACACUUUUUUUUUUUUAAAAUCUUCAAACUAAAGUGACCGAAAAAGAUGUUCUCCACUGGAAAUAUUUGCCAAAUCCAGUGCACUAUUAAAAUGCUUUUAUAGACCGUUACUCCACUUGCCCUAAAAUGUGCUCCAUGGUUGGGAGUGCAGACACUUGGUCUGUGUGUCUCAGCCCAGCCCUCUCCCCUCCCCUGCCUGUUUCUCGACACUACAUGAUGCAGUAAGAUCUUCAGAGAUUGUGGAGUACUAUGGUACGAAUUUAUAGACCAAAACGCUGGCACUCGCUAACUUCAGUUUUUCAUCAUAGACUGCAAUCCAUCCUGGUGCUAUAGAAGGUGACAAAUAUGUUAAUCAGAAAUAAAAUCUUAAAACAUCCAGGGUUGAGUAAACUGCUGUUUUCCAGUGAACCCUUGAUUUCUCUACUUGGCUGUCAUCUCAACCUUUUACCAAAUGCUCAGAUGCCAAAAUAUGCAAAAUUAAUAGCUUGACUUUUUUUUUUUAACCCCUGUGAAAUGGAGAACAUCUCAGAGUUUGAGCUCUGAGGAGACGUUCUAGGAGUACUCAAGUGUAUUUUACUACAAGUGCUAGUUGCCAGUAAAUUGUUUUGCUAGGUUUGUAGAAAUUUCUGGAAUAAAAAUUUUGUAUUAAUUUAACUAUCAGAUAUUUUAUUGCCUUUUUCAGGUUGGGACUUUUCCCUCUUUAAGCUGUUGUAUAUGUGUUAAAUUUUUAUAUAAUGUAGUUGAAGAUUUUUAAUUCAGAAACAUAGUUUUAUAACAAGUUUUAUAUUGUAAGAGUUUCUAUUUCUUUUAGCCAUUGUAAGCAGUAUAUAUUUAUGUUUUGUAGAAGGAAUAAAACUAUCUUCAGGGCUACUUCUGAAAAUAGCCAUGCGUCACCUGUAUGGCAAAUCUGCUGCUUCUCUUCAGACAAAAUUAUGUGAAUCACUUUUCAUUGGAUGAUGAGGUCAAUGAAGCAUUGAUUUCAAAUUGCAGGUUCUGAUUGCUCUGGGAUUUGAGGUGCAAAAGUGGAUCUGAUUUUGCAAGCCUUUCUAAUUAACUUAACCCUUUCCAGGUAGAUUGCUGCCGUUUUACAUUCUAGAAGUCCCUCAGAAUGCUGUAUAACCUGGAUUAUUGUUCAGCACCUUUUUAAAAAAACCUCAUGUCUCAGCAGCAGCAUGUGCAGUUGAUAAGCUAAGAAAUUCUGUAAGAAGUCUUCCGUUCUCUUGGUGUCACUUUUCGUACUGGCAACAUUCCUCCUGGGUAAUGCAAAAAGUUUUUUGGGGGGGAUUUUUUAGCACAAAAACAGUUAAGGUUACUAAUAGUUAACUUGGUACCUUCAGUCUGGAAAUCUGAUUGUAUUUUCUGGGAAAGGGUGGAUCUUUCAUCUUCCAUUCACAAGUCUUCAAUAAACUUGCAAUCAACUGAUACGGUUUAAAAACCUAAUUCAGCACAUUCUCCUCACCUCUAUAAGGGUACUUAUGACUUUAUGCACUAGACUCUGUAUAGUCUUGCUUGCAGGAUACUACAGCCAUUUCAAAGCCUGCUGGUGGUGCUGACAUUAGUUAACAGUACUGCAUGUUACCAUGAGCUCAUGCCCCCAGAGGUGUGUGGGUGCUGUGGUGCUCCAUGGCUACACCCUGUGGAGGAUCUAUAGAGCUGUGCAGAUGUGGGCAAUCCUGCCCGUUGAGGACCAGUGGAUAUGGGCUAUUUUUGCAUUUUUUUUUUAAGAGGCAGCACCUGAAAAGCCUGUGAAAAGCUGUGCAAUUAGUCCCAUUAAGGCAGUAAUGAACUGACUGAGCUUAAGAGUUAAAGUGGACUAAAAGCCCAUGGAAACAAGGCCUCCAGGAGCAGGAUUGUCAGCUAAUGAUGUGCACCAGCUUGGACUCUUCUUUAGACAGUGCCACAUGGGUGUCUCUCCUUUCCUCUCCAUAGCUCUUUGACACUGCUGCUGCUUCUCUUGUCUCUUUCAUUUUCCCAGUUCAGAAGUCUGUUAUACUGAUUUGUGUGGGCAGGAUCUGAGGUUAAGCCUCUUAAUCAUUUAACCUGUCUGAACCUUUGCAGGACGUUUGCCCACAGAGCUUGGAAAGCGGACUUUUUGGGGUUCAAGUGUUUUAAAAGUGGAGUGCUGGGGUAAGCGAGAUGUAAGGUUCUAUGUGAGAGACAAGGACUCUUGAUGCGAACUUUGUUUUGAUGCAGUUUCCAGGUAGGGCGUAAUAUACUAAAAUCAGAAAAGGGAUGUUUUGUUUUCAUUCAUGAUCUGUUCAGUUAAAGCUGAAUGUUGUCAUCUUCAAAAGCCCAUUUGUUGCUGUAAAUCAUGUUAUGUUUGUUUCUGCAGUGUUGAUGUGAAGGUAGUCUUAUUACCUUCUUGGUAAGCUUGAGUGUUUUGAGACAUGAUUGGUCUGGCUUCUGUUCUGUACAAUAUGUGAAUUUAUAUUGUUAUAUUGUUCUGUUUUCUGUUACUGAAUUCAUUAAAAAGUGUUUACUGAA